AUGAAAAAUACGAUCCUAAUAAUAGCUAUUGGUGCUGCUUAUGGGACUGCAAAAGCUGGAAUUGGAAUUGCUGGCGCUGGAACUUUUAGACCUGAUCUUAUCAUGAAGUCACUUCUACCGGUGGUUAUGGCUGGUAUUAUUGCUGUUUAUGGACUCGUUAUAUCUGUCUUAAUAUGUAGUUCACUGGAUCCAAACAAACCAUAUUCUCUAUUUACUGGCUUUAUUCACCUUGGUUCAGGUCUUACAGUAGGUCUUUCGGGUUUAGGAGCAGGUUAUUCAAUAGGGAUUGUUGGUGAUGCUUUUGUUAGAGCGUAUACACAACAGACAAGACUUUUCGUUACAAUGGUUUUAAUGUUAAUUUUUGCAGAAGUAUUAGGUCUUUAUGGAUUAAUUAUUGGCUUGAUUCUUAAUACUAAAGCUAGUAAUGAUUGCUGA